AUAUAUAUGUCGGUAGAAAGAAAGAAAGAACCCAGUAGUAUCCCUGUGCGCCUUGUUUCCGUUUCAAAAUUCCAUACGUUUUCAAAACCCUCACUCUCACAUAUUAGCUGCUGCUCAUACUUUACAUUCGCAAUGUCGGCAAAAACCGUUAAAGUUAGCAAUCUUUCCUUAAAGGCUUCUCAACGAGAUGUAAAGGAGUUCUUUUCAUUUUCAGGUGAUCUUGUUUACGUUGAGGUCCAAUGUAACGACGACAACAGUUCUCAAAACGCAUUUGUCACCUUUGCAGACUCGCAAGGAGCAGAAACUGCUGUUCUUCUUUCGGGAGCAACGAUAAUUGAUACAACGGUGACUGUAACCCUGGCACCGGAGUACCACCUUCCACCAGAAGCUGCAGCAGCUCUUGCGCCACGUGGCGGGAACACUUACACUCCUGCUAAAGGUGAACCGGAAUCUGCAUUGAGUAAGGCUGAGGAUGUGGUGAGCAGCUUGUUUGCAAAGGCCAAGUCCUUUGACCAGCAACAUGGAAUUACUCAAAAAGUUAGCACGGGCACGUCCAUGGUCACCGAAAAAGUCAAAGAAGUUGACCAGAAACUUCAGGUUUCUGAGAAAGCCAAAUCAGCAUUCGCAGCAGCUGAACAAACAGUUAGUAAUGCCGGUUCUGCUAUAAUGAAAAACAGUUAUGUUAACACAAGUGUUACAUGGGUGACGAGUGCUGUUGAUAAGCUAGUGAAAACAGCUUCGGAAGUUGGUCAACAAACGAAGGAGAAAGUGGGUAAGACUGAACAUGAAAAUAAACAAAAAAUGGUGGAUGACUUUGCUCAGGUUUACUUAGCUGAGUCUCCUAAAGCCUCGGGUCAAACUGAGUCACCUAAAGGCCCUGGUCCAAAUGAGUCACCCAAAGGGUCGGGGUCACCUGAAUUGAAGCCUGCAGUGGUUCAAGGUUUGGUUCUUUAGACCGACUGAUUUUCUGUGUAUAUUCUUGCUGAAAUUUCGGAUCCUACGCUCCAAAUGUUGUGUUUUGAACUUUUGGUCUUCAAAUCAUACGAUUCACUCUUUUUCUUUGAACUCGGGUUAAGCACUCUUGAAAUUUA